UUACACAAUCCAAAAUUUCUCUGUUUCAAUCUUCCAAUGGCUGCUCUUACUUCAGUUACCCCUCACUCAUCUUUACAUCCGAAAUUCCACUUCAACUCUGUUAGUUUGUUUUUAAAUUCUACUAAUGAAGCCGUUAGAUUUUCGAGCCGGAGAGUAAGUUUUCGUGCCGUCCCUUCAGGCUUGACGAUUCGGGCAGCGGCAACCAAACCUGCAAAAUCACCAGCUGAAGAAGACUGGAAGAUUAAGCGCGAGGUUCUAUUACAGAAAAAGGUAAGAAGUGUGGAUGUGAAGGAAGCCUUGCGCCUUCAGAAAGAAAAUAAUUUUGUGAUUCUUGAUGUACGACCAGAAGCAGAAUUCAAAGAGGCUCAUCCACCAGGUGCUAUUAAUGUCCAAAUAUAUAGACUUAUAAAGGAGUGGACCGCAUGGGAUAUCGCUAGACGUGCCGCAUUUGCAUUUUUUGGCAUCUUUUCUGGCACAGAAGAAAAUCCCGAGUUUAUACAAAGUGUGGAAUCAAAAAUAGAUAAAAGCUCAAAGAUAAUUGUGGCUUGCGCAUCUGGGGGUACGAUGAGACCAUCACAAAGUCUUCCAGAAGGCCAGCAGUCAAGGUCACUGAUAGCAGCCUACGUGCUAGUCCUCAAUGGAUAUACAAAUGUGUAUCAUUUGGAAGGCGGGCUUUAUGCCUGGUUCAAAGAAGGAUUACCUACAGAUUCUGAAGAAUGAAGGUCUAUAUCAAGGACAAUGCUUCUAUAUAGACUCCAUGUUUCACCCUUAUUUAUGUCAGGAUUGGCUUUAUUCAUGUCCCUAAAAUUCCUUUUUGUAAAAACUGACUUUUAAUCAUCUUUGGAGACUUCGGCAUUUGAAAUGGGGUUGACAUGUUUUUACAUAGCAUUAAACCAGUUUGGCAUGUAUAAUAUAGCAUUAAACCAAUGUGUUUUUUCCUCUCUAA